GGGUCGUUCUCAGCUGCUACUGCCCUGUACCCCGACCUUUCGCCCGUCAUGUCCUCUCGCCGCGAUACACCGCAAGCUCGUCGAAGAGUGUCGAUGGAGCUGCCCGAACGCUUCCGUUUCGACGACGAUGCAGACCAAGAUCAAGAUCAAGACCAAGAGGUGGAUAGAGCACAAAUCAUAGACAUGGCCAUGAUGCAUCAAAGUGUCUUUGGCAUCAUCGCUGCAACUCAGUCAAAGGCCAACACGAUGCGGUCCAUGCUCCAAGAGGCCGACAGUGAUAGCGACGACACAACACCCACCCCGCCGACGAGACCUAGCAGGUCUACCAUACACCCGACGCUCCCUUUGCGCCAAACCCCGCCCUCUCGCAAUAACCACCUCAAACGACUGUCUGACAACAACUUGGUCCAGUCACUACCCGGUCUGCGGCCCGCGCCGACGACUACCUUCGCAACCACAACUCCCUCUCGCUUUUCAAAGGCUGCCGUCGAUCAGCCCGAACCCAGCCCUCAUGUGGGGACAGACCUAGGGUCUUCCCAGUCGACCAUCAGGAAGCCCGCCAGCAGGAAGCCGAGCCCCGUUCCAGAUAUGUCGUCGAGUGCAACUCAGGUUGCCUUGCCAGAUGCCCUGAAGGACAUAUUCAAUUUCGACGAAGCCGAGAAGGUCGUCGCAAAGUACCCUUGCUGGUACCUUCAAAGUGUCCUCUUGCAAGGCUACAUCUAUAUCACGCAACGCCACAUUUGCUUCUAUGCAUAUCUACAGAAGAAAGCUGGUGUCACCAUCAAGUCUGGCUACCUCACCAAACGUGGUCAACGCAACCCACGUUACAAGAAGUACUGGUUCGUGCUCAAGGGAGAUGUCUUGUCAUACUACAAGGACCCUUCAACUCCAUUCUCCCCAAGAGAUGUUAUAGACCUGCGUUAUGGCGUUUCGGCCGACAUCACUCCGGCACAAGGACAGGACAAGGAAAGCCCAUCUUUCUCUGUCGUUACAGAUGCCAAAACCUACCACUUCAGGGCGGAGACUGCCUCGAGCGCUACGGAGUGGGUCAAGCAGAUACAAAAGGUCAUCUUUCGGUCACGCAACAACAGUGAUAGUGUCAAGAUCUGUUUGCCGGUCGACAAUGUCGUCGAUAUCGAAGAAAGCAACUAUCCAGAUUUUGCCGAUACCAUCAAGAUUCGGGUCAUCGAUAAUGAUGAGACCUUCGCUGUUGACGAGGUAAGUGCCUUGAGUUGCUUGGUUUGUCCUCGAAUGUUCACUGAUGGCCAUCUANNGUACUUUUUCUCUUUCUUCGGGUUUGGUGAAGAGGCACUUGGUGUGCUACGAAGUUUAACCCAAGAGACUAGUGCGCAACGUGUGCUCGCAAGCCGUCCUGUUUCACCAGUCCUCACCAUGUCGGAUCGCCGACCUUCAUCAGUGCAUGGAAGAAAGUCUCGUGUGCCAUCCAUGAGUCCUGCUCCGGGAAGUCUUCACGAGAAUGUCAUGGCAACUCUAUCGCCAGCAUCCGGCCUCACCUCCAGAAGUGCUCGAUCAAGCAGCGAGUUGGAGCAUUCUACCCUCGACCUCAGCCAAGGAGGAGAAGAGAAUACCGCGAACCGCCCUACAAAACAGCGCGGUACCCAUAAGAAAUGGGGUCAACCUCUACAGGAUGCUUCAGAAUCAUACGUGUCUUCUUCUGAUCAGGGCAACGACAGUGAAAUGUCAGAAUCUGCAGCUGGCACGGAUGCUUCGGGUAGCCACAUCUUGAGCGGCAGCAUCAUGUUCCAUAAGCCAACCAUCGGAAAGCAUCACGAUAACACUGCAUUGCAUAAUGCAAAUCCCAACACACAGAGCGAUGUACCGUUUACCGCAUUCAGGAAGACUGGCAAAGCACCAGGAGCUGAUGUUUCGACAAAGAACAUGCCAGAAACACAAGUGCAAGACAUGCAACAAUCGGAUCCUUCGACCUUGGGAGGGCUGAUGAAGGUCGGUGCUGUUCCAAUUCAGCGUGCCUCGGGCUUCUUGUACAAUUCCGGCAAGCGUGUCAGCGGUUUAUUCGGAGGCUCGCCCUUGGAGUAUUAUGACAAGUUUUCUGGCAUGAUCGCUGGCGGCAAGAAACACUACGCCGAGGCAGACGAGUUGGUGCCUGGAGAGGAAGUGCAAGAUUCCGAAGAUGAGAUGACUGUUCGUGAGGCUGAGAAGAGCUUCCGAAACCAUUUCGCCUUGCCAGAUUCUGAGAAACUUGUGGCAACAUUCUUUGGUUUCUUCCAUCGCGUCUUGCCUUUGUACGGCAAGUUGUACGUUGGCAGUACGAGGUUAUGCUUUCGUAGCUUUAUGCCUGGAAACUGGACGAAGGAGAGAGGAUUCCGAUUCGGGUAUUCAGGUAUGGUUGUGGUGAUACGAGGUCACGAAGAGAUCUUCUUCGAGUUCGGCUCGCAAGAUCUACGUGACGACUGCACGGUCACUCUCUUGCGAUCGCUCAACUCGAUGGAGCCGUUCCAGGAGUCUAUCUUACUCACAGAAGAUGAGAAGAAAGACGCCGAUGCAGCCGCAGCAGAAAACCUCUUGCUGCAAGAAGCUCGCCAAGGUGAUCGUGGUGGCGUCGAGUUCCAGCUUCCUCAUGGUUUGGAUCAGCCAGAUGCGGACUCGCCAGCCAUCUCCUUUGAUGAUCCAGCAGCCUCGGUUCUGAACUUCAAGCCCGAAGAGUCCCUACGAAUCACCUGCCUGACUAUCGGUUCUCGUGGAGAUGUGCAACCAUAUAUAGCCCUCUGCAAAGGCCUGCUUGCUGAAGGGCACAGACCGAAGAUUGCCUCUCAUGUCGAGUUCGGUGACUGGGUUCGAAGCCAUGGCAUUGAUUUUGCACCAGUUGAAGGUAAUCCAGCAGAGUUGAUGGCCCUCUGCGUUGAUCAUGGCAUGUUCACGCCUUCUUUCCUUUAUGAGACAAACCAAAAGUUUUGGCCUUUCGUCAAGGGUCUCCUCAAGACAGCCUGGGCUGCCUGUCAGGAUUCAGAUCUUUUGAUCGAGAGCCCUUCCGCCAUGGCUGGAAUUCACAUUGCGGAAGCGCUUGGUAUUCCUUACUUCAGAGCCUUUACUAUGCCUUGGACCAGAACGCGUGCCUAUCCUCAUGCUUUUGGCAUGCAGAACAACAGGAUGGGUGGCGCAUACAACUACAUGACCUACGUCAUCUUCGAGAACAUAUUCUGGAAGGCCACUUCAAGUACGAUCAAUAGGUGGCGCAAAGACGACCUGGGAUUGAAGGCCACCAACAUGGAGAAGAUGCAGCAGGACAAGGUCCCGUUCUUCUACAACUUCUCGCCCAGUGUCGUCGUUCCACCUCUGGACUUUGGCGAGUGGAUCCGAGUGACAGGAUACUGGUUCCUUGACGAAGCGGACAACUUCACGCCACAGAAGGAGCUUCUCGAGUUUAUCAAGAAAGCACGCACGGACAAGGCGAAGCUUGUAUAUAUCGGCUUCGGUUCAGUGGUCGUUCCUGAUCCAAAGCAACUCACUCUGGACAUCAUCGCCGCUGUCAAAAAGGCCGAUGUUCGCUGCAUCCUCUCCAAGGGCUGGUCCGACCGCAUGGAUAAGAAGGAUGCCAAAGCACUCGAAGUGCCUUUGCCAGACUUUAUGUUCCAGAUUGCAUCUGCUCCACACGAUUGGCUGUUCCGACAAGUCGAUGCUGCUGUUCAUCAUGGCGGAGCAGGAACUACUGGUGCCAGUCUUCGCGCUGGGAUCCCGACCAUCAUCAAGCCUUUCUUUGGUGACCAGUUCUUCUUUGGCAGCAAGGUCCAAGAUCUUGGAGUUGGACAAAAGGUUCUGACUGUCACUGAGAACGCAUUGGGCAAAGCAAUAUGGAUCGCGACGCAUGAUUCACGAAUGAUUGAAAAGGCCAGAGUCCUAGGAGAGCAGAUUCGAUCCGAAGAUGGUGUCGGCACAGUUAUCAAGGCCAUCUAUCGCGACAUGGAAUAUGCAAAGACACUGGUCCAACAACGUGUGGCUAGAGCGGCACAGGGUGAUACAGACGCGGAAGACGAGGAAGAAGUAGAGGUCGAAGACAGCUGGACGCUGGUGGAGAAUGACUCUGACCCGGAUGCGACGAGCCCGACCGCCAUGAUGCAGCCACAAUCACCCUCUUUGAGUGGCAAGGGGAAGGCCAAGAUGGGAUUGAGGCUCCCGCUCAGCAGGUCUUGA